GAAAAAGAAAAAAAAACACAACGAGGCAGAGCAGCCGGACGAAGAGGAGGAGGAGAGUCGUCGCGCACUCGCGGUGCCAGUGCCGCGCACGGCAACCCAACCAGCCCAGCUCCGGCGAGGACGCAACCGUCAGCGUCGCCCUUGGCCUCGCCACGCUAUUUGAAAUCGCGCGGCCGCGAGCCGGAGUCCAGAUCGAGUCUCGCGCGCCUAGCUGAGGGGUUUCGACACCGCGAAAUGCCGGCUCCGGCUGCGAUGCUGCUCCUCACGGCGGCCCCGGGGUCUCGCACGCUGUCGCUGACCCUGGCCGCGAGGCGGGCGCCGCUCCGGGCCCCAAGGCAGCGGCGGCUGCGGCCGGCGAGGAUCCGCGCCGCCGCGGCGAUCGGCGGCGAGUUCGGUGGCCUCGGCCGGCGCCGCGUCGUCGUGGGGGAGUUCAUCGAGCGCCUGCGCAACGUGCUGCCCGGGGGCAGCUGGUGGCGCCUCGAGGACGGCGAUGAGGCCGGGGACGGGGCCGGCCGCGCCGAGGGGAGCGGGACCACCGCCGUCUCCGCGCUCAGGCGGAUGUGGUCCCUCGUCGCCGGCGACAGAUGGGUCAUCUACGCCGGCUUUGCGUCCCUCGUAGGCGCUGCGCUUGCGGAGAUCGCCAUACCACAUCUCCUUGCGGCGUCCAUUUUCUCUGCGCAGAAUGGAGGCGCGGUGUUCUAUCGAAAUGCCAAGCUUCUGGUUGUCCUAUGUCUGGUGUCCGGGGUGUUUAGUGGUGUACGAAGCUGCUGUUUUGGUGUUGCAAACAUGAUAUUGGUCAAACGUAUGAGAGAGGAACUAUUUGAUUCCAUUCUUUCACAGGAUAUUUCCUUUUUUGAUGAAGAAACAGUCGGUGAUUUGACAAGUAGACUUGGUUCGGACUGCCAACAAGUGUCUCGUGUUAUAGGCAACGACCUUAACCUGAUUUCACGCAAUUUACUUCAGGGUGCAGGUGCAUUAAUUUAUCUGCUAGUCUUAUCUUGGCCUCUCGGAUUGUGUACAAUGUUUGUUUGUGCCACUCUAUCAACAAUUAUGCUAGUUCAUGGACGGUUUCAGAAAAGGGCAGCUAAAUUUGCACAGGAGUUCACCGCAAGCGCCAAUAAUGUUGCUCAAGAGGUGAUAACUUUGGUUAGGACAGUGCGAGUGUAUGGAACGGAAAAGCAGGAGUUUAAAAGGUAUGCAAAGUGGCUUGAUAAGCUGUAUGAUGUAAGCUUUCGGCAGACAGUGGCUUAUGGAGGCUGGAGCCUGAGCUUGAACUAUCUAUACCAUUCUACUCAGGUCAUUGGAGUGGUGAUUGGAGGUCUAGCAAUCAUGUCUGGGAAGUUAACUGCUGAGCAGUUGACAAAAUUCACACUAUAUGCUGAAUGGCUAAUUUUGUCCACAUGGUGGAUUGGAGACAACUGGUCCUCCCUGAUGCAGUCUGUCGGAGCAAGUGAAAAAGUUUUUCGUUUGAUGGAUCUCCUUCCUAGCAAGCAGCUUAGCUCUGAAGGCCUCAAGUUAGAGAAGUUGAAAGGGAAAAUUCAGUAUGCUGAUGUAUCAUUUUCAUAUCCAUCAAGACCUACGGUACCAAUUUUGGGAGGAUUGAAUCUGACACUGAAUCCAAAUGAAGUAGUUGCAAUUGUUGGUCUUAGUGGAAGUGGCAAGAGUACUAUAAUCAAUUUACUACUUAGACUAUACGAACCUACAAAUGGGCAAAUACUAAUUGAUGGUGUCCCACUCACUGAGCUUGAUAUCAGAUGGUUCAGGGAAAGAAUUGGUUUCGUCGGACAGGAACCACGCUUAUUCCGAAUGGAUAUUAGCUCUAAUAUUAAAUAUGGUUGCCCAAGAGAAGUCAGUCAUGAAGAAGUGGUCUGGGCUGCAAAGCAGGCCUAUGCUCAUGAUUUCAUAAUGGCUUUGCCUGAUGGUUAUAACACCAUUGUUGAUGAUGCUCUUCUCAGCGGAGGUCAGAAACAACGUGUUGCUAUUGCCAGGGCCCUUCUGAGGGACCCAUCUAUCUUACUUCUUGAUGAAGCCACUAGUGCGCUUGAUGCGGAGAGUGAACAUUAUGUCAAGAGCGUCAUCACAAAAGUUAGUCGAGAUUCGAAGGCUAAAAGGACUGUGGUAAUCAUAGCACACAGGCUAUCUACAAUUCAAACAGCUGACAGAAUUAUUGUCAUGGAAAAUGGUAAUAUCGUGGAGGAUGGUAAACACAUUGAUCUUAUUGAGAAGGGUGGUUUAUAUUCAAGAUUAGCCAGGCGACAAAAUGACAACCUUAAGUAGCCCUGAAAUCACAGAAUGUGGUUUACUCCACGCGUUUUUUUUUCAGUGGAAUGGCAGAAGUGAGAGUCGUCUGUCAUUGGUGUAUUCUUUGCAAGGACUGACCUGGACCCAGGAGCUCGAAUAAGCUGGCAUUGUUUUUGCCAUCAAGCAGAAACGAUUUACGACUAAUCAAACUAAACCAAGAUGGUUUCCCCCCACGAGGACGAGCACAGUAAGUAUCGAGUAUUGAGAGCAGACUUUGAAGAACCCAGUAGUUUGUAAAGAUAGCUUCCACCGCAUCCCGUCAGAUCCAGCAUGCAUGUAACUAGAAGUAUAUAGGCAUUUGUUAUCUUGUUACAUCUGAAACUUAUUUUACACACGGAGUUACCUUUAAAAAAAAUACACACGGAGAAAAUGCUCCAGUUUUGUUA